AUCAAUCUUACAUGCAAAAAUUAAUAAGAAGUUGCUAAAUUCUCCAGAAUAUCUUCUAUUUGUAUAAUUAGCACGGGAUUCAUGGUCUUCUUUGUAAUGCUAUUCCCUGUGAUUAGUCUACAGAAAUUAUCAUAAUUAAUGGAAAAUAAAGCUGAUCGUCUAUGUCAUAUUAUAAUCACAUUCCUGUAAUCCAUUUCACCCUCUGGCAAAGAAUUCCAUUUAAAGAUCAGUCAUGUUGACAUAACCGAUACGUUUAAGUGCGAUAUAGAAAUAGAAGUAAUGGACAAUUAUAUUACAAUCAUCUUCAUAAUUAUUAAGAUCGUUUAGCAUAACAUCAUGUUGACACAGUGAUUUUAGGUAAAGUACCAAUAUACAACAUCGAAGAUUCUCAUUUAUUCAAAUAACAGUUUGAUGAUAAUCUCUCGCAUUGCCUGAAAUUAUCGUGCUUAUUUCGAAAUGGAACGUCAAUUUGGGUUGUCUCGCAGUAUAAUAAUACGGUCAACGGUUGAGACGCUUUUUUUAGACCAUCGGAAUUGCGUUGAAUAUCCAACGAGGAACUUUCCAUUGGUUGCCGGGCGAUCAAUUCAGCGAGUCGAAAAGAAAAGAAGCUCAAUCAUGUACACGCACGUGUAAUCUACGUACGAUUUUAUAUACCCUCAUCACGUAACGCUGUUUUUCCUCGGAUCCUUCCAGUCGGACUCGAUCCUUCCACCGCGCCUUGGCCGAUACGAGGCAAAGCGCGACGCGGUCGGGCCGAGAACGCAGUGUCGACGUUGCGCGAAACUCGCGUAGUUCGCGGGUAUCAACGAGACUUAUUUGCGCAGUUUUUGCGUAGAAACCGCGUCAAUUACGAAUUACGUCGGUGCCUCCCCGCGAAUUUCGCUCCAACCGCGUUUUUUUCCUCCACGUGAUUCCGAUCGGUGCGUUUCGCGAUGACACCUCCCAGAAGAGGCAUUCCGCGUCGUCGCGUCGGAGAACGAGCGUUGUCACGCUACCGUUAAUACCGGAAAUACCGUAUAAAUAUUCAAUCGCACGAGUUUCACGUCGCGCGCUCGUAGCAGGCGUGGAUUCGCACGGACGAUCUCCGGAGUUUCUCUUUUCUUUUUCUUCCUCUCUUCUUUUUUUAUUUUUUCUCUCCCUCGUCGGGCGAGUAUCGGCUGAAUGACGAGGCGGUGGGUCGGGAGAAUCGCGCACGAGAGGAGUGCUUCGGAGAUAUGUCGCAGGAUUUUAAUUUCUCGUCGUUGACGUCGUCUUCGGAGUCGGCGGACGACGCGAGGGACGAGUACCUCGCCAGGUGGGAAAUCGCGGUUCUGACCAGCAUAUUCCUCAUCACCCUCCUCGGCAAUGCCCUGGUCCUGCUGGCCCUUUACAUCCGGCGGCGUUAUCAGCGACGAAAGUUCACCAGGAUGUACUUCUUCAUCUUGCACCUGAGCGUGGCCGACCUGUUGACGGGUCUGCUCGACGUUCUGCCGCAGCUCGCCUGGGACAUAACGUUCAGAUUUCAGGGUGGAGCGGUGCUCUGUAAACUGAUCAAAUUCGGACAGCCGUUCGGCCUGUAUCUCAGUUCCUAUAUCCUGACGGUGAUCGCGAUGGACAGGUAUUAUGCCAUCUGCCACCCCUUCAGUUACUGCCGCAUCACAUCUCGAAGAUCGAAAAUGAUGGUGUACGGGGCGUGGGCGCUUGCCGCUACACUGUGCGUACCGCAGAUUGUUAUAUUCUCGUACACGGAAAUAUCGCCCGGCGUUUGGGAGUGUUGGGCCACCUUUUACCUGAAAUAUGGCGAGAGAGCUUAUAUUACUUGGUACAGUGUUACGCAGUUCCUAUUACCCUUCAUAGUGCUCGUAUAUACUUACACGAGAAUAUGCGUAUCGAUAUGGACGAGCAGUAAAAUGUCGGGUGUCGUUGAUCUCAACAAAAGUAACAAGGCCAGUUUUUUUCAACGAAAUCGAGAUCCCCUUAUCUCCAAGGCGAUGAUCAAUACUGUAAAACAAAUGAUCAUUGUAGUUAGUUUAUACAUCAUCACCAAUACCCCUUUUAUCGGGUGUGAGCUAUGGGCAACGUGGGACCCUAAAGCUUCCACUUCGUCAUUUGUCACUGGAGCUGCCUUCACUAUUCUAAGUCUCUUAAACAGUCUCACGAGUUGCGUUAAUCCUUGGAUUUACUUUGCAUUUAACAAGGAAUUACGCUCGGCGUUGACAAGUUUUUUAUACAGAAAGAAAGAUUAUUCGUUGACUUACGAUAUAGAUGCACGUCGGAACGCGUCGGAUGUACCCUCUUCAACAUCGUCGUUUAUUUCUAGAAUCUCGCGACUUGCGAGUUCAAAGAUAUUCGGGUAAAGUGGAAAUAAAACAAAGUUUGCAUUUUGAAAAGGACUGUUUUGAAUAUAAAGAAUACACCGCGAAUAUAGUUGAUGCAUAUAUACAUUCGCAGGCGUGUAAAUGCGUUCAGUACGAACAAUGUCGGAGCACAUGCAAUUUCUUUCUAUAUGACGACUUUUUAAUAAAAAUUAUUUAUGGACAA